CUUAAUCGUAUCUGUUGACCAUCGUUUACUUAAUUUCCAUUGGGUAGUAUUUAUUUUAUAUGAUAAAAUUGUGUUUCUGGAUUAAGAGCGCUAUUCCGAUUCUGGAUUUGAAUAUGCACAUGAUAAUUGUCCAUGUUUUUGGACUUGGAUAUGUCUACGAAAAAUAUCUUUACACCUGUGUGUUAAACCAAGCGUAUGUAAAUUAUAGGCCUUUAGCUGUCUUGUCGCGCAUGCGCUAGAUCCUAAACUUCAGCUUUUGUGGUUGGAGCCACUAAAUCGAUGGUUGCGAAGCGAGAAACGUCGAAACCUUCACUAUAUUAGGUGUAGCGCUGACGUAUCGGGUUUGUGAGAUAUCACAACUCAGCUAUCAGUAUGUUUGUUAGUCAGUUACCUAUUAUGUACACUGUUUUUGAAAUGAUCGUGGCCGUGUUUGCCGUAAUCGGAAACCUUGUGGUAAUGGUAGCCUUUGGCCUGGACAGACGCGUCCGAAAGGUCACUAACUAUUAUAUUUUGAGUUUAGCAAUGGCAGACUUUUUGGUUGGACUGGUUGGAGUUCCUUCAGCCAUCCUAACCAAGUUAGGCUUGCCCGAAGGGAACUUUAGUGGCUGCAUGACCAUGCUCUCUCUGCUGGUAGUUUUGUGUACCAUCUCUAUUCUUAAUUUGUUGGCAGUGUCUGUGGACCGUUAUUGGGCGGUACUUCGCCCGUUUAGCUACCAACAGAUAAUGACUGGACGGACAGUAGCAAUUAUCGUCUUGGUCUGCUGGGUGUUAGGCUCCACUAUCGGCUUCUUUCCGCUUUUCGGCUGGAACUCCGGACCUGAGCCCAGUGGGCGCUGUUUCUUCACGCAGGUGAUGAGCUACGACUUUCUAGUGUUCCUCUAUUUUGUCACUAUAAUCUAUCCGACGCUGCUGAUGGUAUUCUUCUAUGGCAAAAUAUAUUUGGUAGUCCUCAAACAGGCAAGUAUAGUCUUUUAUUAAAAGUUGUGCAAUACCCAAGAACAUUUAUGAACCAAGAAAUGUCUACCUUACUAUUACUUAUUAAAAUCUGUACUCGAUACACGUGUAUAUUCCUUGAGAAGAUAGAAAAACACAUUAUUUUGUUUCUCAUUAAAAUUUAUACACAACACAUAUGUGCAAGUAGUUUUCCAUCUAUUAUUGCCCCCAGUAGC